AUGGAGGUUUUGAGAAUGCCUGAUGAACUGAUUGUCAUUGGUCAUAGUUCUUUUUCCCCUUCUUUUAAUGCUUCAAAAGACUUGUAUAAAUUAGGGGUGUUUAUCCAAACUGCCAAACAAUACAAACUGUCCACCGCACUGCAAAGCGUGGUUCAAAGUAUUUGCAGUGUGGACCUGAUAUUUGAAGAUCGGAGAACCAGCACCCACUCCAGAUCGAGCUAUGGUGGAGGUGGUGUUGGUGUUGGUGGUCGAGAUGCUAGCCCAGACUCUCAUUUGUCGGGACGUGGUUUCCGUGAUUCCUUCUCCUCGAGGGGUCCAGAUCCAGAUCCAAACAAUAAUUCCACAGUGCUUAGGAGCGGAGGUCAGCACCCAAUAAGCAAAAAAGUGGAAAAAGCAAAAGCUAUAAUAGAAUAUACUGAUGCAGAAACAGAUGGGGAGAAUAAUCAAACCCUAGACUCAGCAAGAAGCUCCUUCUCUCAAGCUCUAAAAGAAUGCCAGAACCGGAAGUCAAGAUCUGAAAUUCUGUUAAGGAAGUCUGACAGGAGCAGACCUACUUCUUUGGAUCUGAACAAUCAAGCUAUAAAUGUCACUAGUUCUUCUCCGAGACUUGCUAUGAGAAACUCUAUAUCAAACCGACGAACUAGUAUGUUCCCAAGUCCAGUAACGCCAAAUUAUCGUCCUGCAAGCAACGGGUUUCAGAAAGGUUGGAGUUCAGAACACGUGCCUUCACAUAUAAAUACUAACAGGAGGCAAGUGAGUUCUGCAUUGAUGUCUUAUAACAGUGGAAGGACAUUGCCUUCCAAAUGGGAAGAUGCCGAGAGGUGGAUAUGCAGUCCAGUUGCAGGAGAUGGUGCUUUGAAGCCUUCGGUUCAACAGCGGCAAAGGCGACCCAAGUCAAAAAGUGGCCCGCUUGGGCCUCCUGGAUCUGCAUACUACUCCAUGUAUUCCCCAGCAGUGCAUAUGUUUGAUGGAGGAAAUGUUGGAAGUUUAGUUACUGGAUCACCAUUUUCAAGUAGAGUAAAUGCUGGUGAUGGUUUGUCAAUUCGAUAUCAUGAGCGGCAAGACAGCAGUGGGAACUUUCCUUCAUUGACUGAGCCUUGUAUGGCAAGGUCAGUCAGUGUACAUGGUUGCUCUGAAUCGUUGAGUCAGUCAUUGUUGCGUAUAACUCAAGAUGGUAAAAUUGGUUGUGUUAUGGAUGCUGCUACAAACAUCUCUCGUGAUGUUUCUCGGAGAGAUAUGGCAACCCAAAUGAGCCCUGAGGGUAGUCCCUACUCAUCUCCUAGGAGGAGGAACUCUAUCUCCCUGCCAAGUUCUAUACUAGCUGUUGCAGAAUUGCAGCAGACCCAUUCCUCUAAAGCAGAUGUCAGGGAUGUACAGGUAGAUGAUCAGGUCAGUUUGUCAAGAUGGUCUAAGAAAAGUAGAGCUAGAAUUCCAGGUAGGAGGUCUGGGUCAGAACUGGUGGAUGACUGGAAAAGAAAAGCUCUGGAGGUUCGAUCUGCAGAGUGGGAAGUUUCAGAGAUGACAAAGAGCCUUUCAAUGGUUAAACGGGAGGAAGCUAAAAUUACUGCUUGGGAGAACCUGCAGAAGGCAAAAGCAGAAGCAGCUAUAAGGAAACUUGAGAUGAAAUUGGAAAAGAAGAGAUCAUCCUCCAUGGAUAAGAUCAUGAACAAACUACGAUCAGCUCAGAAAAAGGCGCAAGAAAUGAGAGGGUCGGUUUUAUCAAACCAGUCUCAUCAAGUUCCUAGAUCAUCUUCUUCUUCACACAAGGCCAUCUCGAUCAUCAGGACUCCACAGAUAGGCUCUUUAAGUGGCUGCUUUACCUGCCAUGCAUUUUGACAAGCUAUUUGUGGUCAUAAAAAUAGGUAAUUUUCUUUGCUGUCUACCAAUGUACUUAAAUCUUUGUUUGUGAAUGCCUGAUAUCAUUCAUUU